UUCGCUGUGUUCAAACUUUUUCGGUGGUCUUCCACGUUCUUCGUUUCUCAAAAUCGCCACGUUUGAAUUUUUUAAACCACUCAAAGCACUGUGAUUUACCAAGAACAUGCUCACCGUAAACUUCGACAAGUAUUCGAUGCAAUUCUGCAGCAGUUUUCUUCAAAUGGUAACAGAAAAUCAAUGCUGUCCGCAAAUCGUAGCUUCCAGGCACAAAAUUCGACAUGUUCGACGCUAUUACAAACUAUGCUGUUGUAUGAAACUUGUAUUGUUGUGAGUUGAAAAUCUUUGUCAGAUGUCAACAAAUGGAAAUGGCGCCAAUGACGCGGUUUGACGGUAACUACAUUGACAGCUAGGACCAUCUAUAGGCAAAUUCCGAUUUCAUAUUUACGGACCUGGUAUUCUAUUUUGUUGCAAUUGCAUUUUGUUCCUGAGGAUUAUGUAUACACAAGAGGAAAUAAAAGUCGAAAGCUAAAAAUAUCUGCUAUUCCUUCAUUGCAAGUAGAAGAAAUUAAAGAUAAUGAAAAUCAAUAUAAUAACGUACGAAGAUUUCGACAAACCCCACAAUGUUUGAAAGAUGUAACAAAUAUUUUCAUUAGAAAUGACAUAAAAAAGCGAAUGAUCAUGUAUACUAUUCAAAAGCAUUACCGUAUGAUCAACACUGCAUCCUUUCAACAGGCACAGGACUGCUCAGCAAUAGAAAAUACUCAUAAAGAGGAAGAUUUACAACAAAGUGUAAAAUAUGUGGAAGAUAUACGUAGUGAUAUUAUAUGCAUAUACAAUACUGUCGAUGAUGAAUAUAUAUCUUGUUCAACUUCACCAACCACACCAUCAUCACCAUUUCUAGUGGUGAUGAGUAAGAUAACCGAAUCAUUAACUUUAUUGCAAGAGGACAUAAUGGUAGAAAAAGAAUUUGACAAUGAUCAUAAUAGUGAUACCAGUGUUAAGUUGAAUGAAGUAAUUGCUAAUCUACAGGACAGCAACAACGAAGAAUUUCUAAGAAUAAAAUUUAUUUUGUGUUAUUAUAAGUUUAAAGUUCAAUGUUAUAUAAACAUGUUAUAUGAACAUAAGUUAUAUAUAUUUUAG